AAUUUCAAUCGUUACUACAAAUUGCACAUUCUAGUUAUGCGACUCACUUCACAUCAAUUCAUGAGAUAUUCGCUGAUUAUAACAUUAUUCACAAAAAUAAGUGUCUCGUCGUCUUAAGGAUCAUUUGGACUUCUUAAUUAAUUUCCAAAUAAUGGCUGAUGCAACCGAAGGAAACACUGAAAAACUAUCUAAAAAUGAGCUCAAACGGAGGUUGAAAGCAGAGCAAAAGGCAAAAGAGAAAGCUGAAAAGGCAGCAGCUGUACCAGAAAAGCCUUUAAAAGAAGCCAAAAAGGAAGUUACAAAAGUUGAUGAAGAAAUUAGCCCAAAUGAAUAUUUUAAACUCCGAACUGCUGCAGUAACUGCAUUAAAAAAUUCAAAUGAUCCUGAUCAGCAUCCUUAUCCUCAUAAAUUUCAUGUUAGCAUUGGUUUGACUGAGUUUAUAGAGAAAUACAAGGAUCUUCAGGAUGCGCAAAUAUUGGAAGAUGUUACUUUGUCAGUUGCCGGAAGAGUGCACGCCAUCAGAGAGUCUGGAGCUAAACUUGUAUUUUAUGAUUUGAGGGGAGAAGGUGUCAAAAUUCAAGUUAUGGCAAAUGCAAAAUUAUAUAGUUCUGAGGAAAAAUUCACAGAAGACACAUCGAAAAUCCGUCGUGGUGAUAUUAUUGGUUGCAUUGGACAUCCUGGGAAAACUAAGAAAGGAGAACUGUCUGUAAUGCCAACAAAUGUAAAACUCCUUGCCCCAUGUCUACACAUGCUUCCUCAUUUACAUUUUGGAUUGAAAGAUAAAGAAACACGAUUUAGACAACGGUAUUUAGAUCUUAUAUUGAAUGAUAAAGUACGCCAAACGUUCCAUGUGCGUGCUAAAAUCAUUGCAUAUGUUAGACAAUUCUUAGACAGUUUAGGCUUUUUGGAAAUUGAAACUCCUAUGAUGAACAUGAUUGCUGGUGGAGCUACUGCCAAACCAUUUGUCACCCAUCACAAUGACUUAAAUAUGGAUUUAUUUAUGCGCAUUGCGCCUGAGUUAUAUCACAAAAUGUUGGUUGUUGGUGGUUUGGAUAGAGUUUAUGAAAUUGGUAGACAAUUUAGAAAUGAGGGUAUUGAUAUGACUCACAAUCCAGAAUUUACAACCUGUGAAUUCUAUAUGGCCUAUGCGGAUUAUCAUGAUGUGAUGGAUAUGACUGAAAAACUAGUUUCUGGCAUGGUGAAGAAAAUUCAUGGCACUUAUAAAAUUCAGUAUCAUCCUGAUGGGCCAGAUGGUGAGAGUGUAGAAAUUGAUUUCACACCUCCUUUCAAACGAAUUUCUAUGAUUCCUGCCUUGGAAGAAGAGUUGAAAGUUAAAUUUCCAGCAUCAAACACAUUGAAUACUCCCGAAACAAAUAAAUUUUUAAGUGAUCUGUGCAUUAAACAUGAGGUAGAAUGCCCUGCACCAAGAACCACUGCUAGACUCUUAGAUAAAUUAGUAGGAGAAUUUUUGGAAGAAAAGUGUAUAAACCCAUCAUUCAUUUGCGACCACCCUCAAAUUAUGAGUCCUUUGGCUAAAUACCACAGAAAUGAUGUAGGACUCACAGAACGUUUUGAAUUGUUUGUGAUGAAAAAAGAGAUUUGUAAUGCUUAUACUGAAUUGAAUGAUCCAAUGGUUCAAAGAGAGCGUUUUGAACAGCAAGCAAGUGACAAGGCUGCUGGUGAUGAUGAAGCACAACUUGUUGAUGAAAACUUCUGCACUGCAUUAGAAUAUGGUUUACCACCUACUGGAGGCUGGGGUAUGGGAAUUGAUCGGUUAACAAUGUUUUUGACUGAUUCCAAUAACAUAAAGGAAGUUUUUUAUUUUCCCUGCAUGAAACCUGAUGAUCCAAAUAAGAACAAAGAAGUUUCUGAAGAAGCUGAGCAUAUUGAGAAAUAA